UCAUCUUCCCCGACUUGUUUGCAAUUGCAGGUCUACUUUCCCUGUACGUAAUCAAUGACGAAUUGCUUGUACCAAAAAAGCUAAUCAAUGACGUAUUGCUCUUAGUCGGCACCUUUAAAAGGCAAAGAAAUCAUCAAACGAGUCCAGCAAGAAAGUAUAGUACCACCAGAGCCAAUGGAUUCUAGACAUGGAAGAGUUCGUGUUCUAAUGCUUCCAUGGCUAGCUCAUGGUCACAUUUCACCAUUCCUCCAACUAGCCAAGAAUCUUGCUGCCACACAAAACUUCGACAUCUACGUUUGCUCUACCCCUGUAAACAUAUCUUCCUUCAACCAUGAUUUUCUCCCUCCCCAUUCCUCUCUUUCAAUCCAUUUCGUGGAAUUCCAUCUCCCAACAUCGCCUGACCUUCCUCCCCACCAUCACACCACCAAAGGCCUCCCGCCCCACCUCAUGUUUUCUCUAUUUUCAGCCUUUUACAAUUCAAGCUCCACCUUCUCCACAAUUCUCAAAACAAUUAACCCAGAUUUGCUCAUAUAUGACUUUGCUCCUUCCUGGGCGCCGGAACUUGCUUCAUCCAUGAACAUCCAAUCCGUUUUCUUCAUGUGCAGCAGUGCUGUAAUGUUUUCAUUGACGUAUCAUUUUAUCCGGGACCCCACUGUUGAUUUCCCUUUUCCAGAUAUUUAUCUGCACGAUCACGAACAGGAGAAAUUCAUGUCGCUCAUUGAAUCAAGACGCAGCAGAAUCCAAAAGGCAUCAUCUUGCAUGGCUUUGAUCAAGACUUCGAGAGCAAUCGAAGCAAAAUACAUCGAUUACCUCUCUGUUUUAUUCGAGACGAAGCUCGUCCCCGUAGGUCCGCUCAUCAAUGAUCCAACUGACAACCCAAUUGAGGAUUCCGAUUUCAUGAAAUGGCUUGACAAAAAGGAGAAAUUUUCCACUAUCUUCGUUUCGUUUGGUAGCGAAUACUUUCUCUCCAAGGAAGAGAUUGAAGAAACUGCUCAUGGGUUGGAGCAGAGCAAGGUUAAUUUCAUCUGGGUUCUAAGAUUUCCGGCUGAAUUAGAGAAGUUCAGCAUCAAAGAGGCACUCCCUGAAGGGUUUCUCGAGAGGGUUGGGGAAAGAGGAAAGGUGGUGGAGGGAUGGGCGCCGCAAGCGAGAAUUCUUGGGCAUCGGAGUGUCGGUGGGUUUGCGAGUCACUGCGGUUGGAACUCAUUGCUGGAGAGCAUAGCAAGUGGGGUCCCGAUAAUCGCGAUGCCGGUGCAAUUCGAUCAGCCGUUGAAUUCGAGGUUGGUGGAAGAAUUGGGUAUCGGAGUUGAGGUUAAGAGAGAUGAGAAGGGGAGACUUCGCAGAGAGAAAGUGGCGGAAGUCAUAAGAGCGGUGGUUGUGGAGGAAGGCGGUGAGUGUGUGAGACGGCAGGCGAAGGAACUGAGGGAGAUAUUGCGAUGCAAAGGAGAAGAAGAGAUGAACGGCGCCAUGGAGGAGCUACUGCAACUAUGCAAGGGCAAAAAGGAGAAUUGAUAAUGCAAAAUUUAAUAAAGCAUUCGCUUUUAU